GAGAGAGAGAAUGAGAGAGAGAGAGAGAGAGAGGGGAGAGAGAGAGAGAGAGAGAGAGAGAGAGAGAGAGAGAUGGGUGCUGUGUUCACUUCACUUCAUUGGUCAAACAGGAUAAACCGGUAGGAGAAAUCCUCACUCAGACGCCUUCCUCCUCCACGCGUAAACAUACACACACUGUGACAAGUAUCAUUUCUUGGCUGCUGAAUGAGGAUUUCUGUGGGCAGAAUGAGAUAUCACAUCCGUGGAUCCUGUCACCACCACUGUGAAGAAAUCUGAGUUGUGAUCACGAUGUCAAGAGGAUAGGAAUUCAAGAGGAAUCCAAGCUUUUGGGCUGCAUCCAGGGCUUCUAAGAAGUGAUAGUGUAACACCAAGAGUGAAAACAGCCAGAGCCAAGUAGAAGAUACUCUACAAUGAGGAUAAGGACAUAUUCAAAAGCGCACAUUCUGCAGAAGUUCCAUGCGCACUGUCAGUCUCUCGCAGCCAACAACAAUGCAGGAUAUCGAAGGGAAUUUGAGGAGCUGAAUGACACUGGGCAAGGCCUCACAUGCAGGGCUGGAGAGCUGGAACCCAAUAAAGAAAAAAACAGAUACCCCUUCAUCUUGCCCUAUGAUCACUGCAGGGUUAAGCUGUCUCUGCUGGAUUCUCAGCCGCACUCAGAUUACAUCAACGCUAACUAUGUGCCUGGUGGCUGUUCAGAACGUGACUUCAUCUGUACCCAGGCCCCUUUGCAGUCAACCAUAGCAGAUUUCUGGCGGAUGGUCUGGGAGCAAAAUGUGCAGGUCAUCGUCAUGGUGACAGCACUGAAAGAAAGUGGCAAGAUGUUGUGUAGCCAGUACUGGCCUCCUGAAAGAGGCACAGGCUGUUAUGGCGCAGUUCAAGUAACCACCAUUUCCUGUCACCGUGGCCCGGACUGCUACAUCACCACCAUCCACCUACGUCAGCAUGGCUGUCCCACAGAGCGGCGCAUAACACAUUAUCAUUACCCUGGCUGGCCGGAUCGAGGAGUUCCAAGAGACCCCACCUCUCUCUGUGCCUUCGCUGAGCACAUCAGGAAACACCUAGAAAACACACCAAACAUAGGGCACACAGUGGUGCACUGCAGUGCAGGAGUGGGCCGCUCUGGAACAUUUGUGGCAUUGCUCUGGUUGAUGCAGCUCUGUAGGCGGGGCAUUUUUCCUGAAGUACGCCUGGCUGUCCAGGACCUGCGCAAACAUCGAGUGAUGAUGGUGCAAAACCUGGAACAAUACAUACUUGUGCAUCAGUGUCUUCUUCACUGGCUGGGUGAGGACAUGCUUAGACCAAGUACCCAGAGUGCUCCUGUACCACUCCGAACAACACCGUCCCAAAAGACCAGGCAAUCCAGAAGAGAACGGAGGAGCCGAAGCAGACCACCUGACCACACACAGCGGGCUGAGUCCAUGCACUCCUCUGAGCAAGUCUCACACACACAGCCAACUCAGCAGAGGGCAUGGCGGGCCAUACAGACCACACUGCAGACGAUCCACCCUGGUAAACUCCUGCGGAGGAUACUGCCCACAACACAAAACUCACCACAGGACACACAGCUGUAGCCCAGUGACACACAGUGAGGACUGAUCCAGGAUCAGCAUCUUCAUCCUUCAACGUAUUUAGCUAGUUAAACUUUACACAUGCACCAAUAUUAAAUAAUAAUACAGUGAAAUUCAAUACAUGUGAUACUGUCGUCAAUAACAUGCUGAAAUACUGUCACUGCAUUUAAGUCAGAUUGCAGUUUCAUCAGAGAUUUUUUUAGAUAUGCAGAGUAGCUCUGGUUUCACAUGGUCCUACUACACCAGGGGUCACCAAUCUUAUUCAUAAAGCCCGGUGUAUCUUUAUUCCACUUGUUUAAUCAGUUAGUCUCAUUCUUCAGACAACUGAUAAGUUAUCUAAGGUGUGCUCCUGUUUGGCUAGAAUGAAAAAAACCUGCGGCCACACGCUGUCAUUUGAUGUUUGUAGAGCUGUUUUAAUGUUGUUAGUUUGAUCACCCUCACAGCUCCAAGUAAAAGCUGCAAUGCUCCUUUCAUGCUUCAUUUGGUAACUAGGGUAGGGUCUACCACCUGACCUGAAAAGAAAAAAAAACCAAGGGGAAACCAAAUACGUGAUGUGAUACCCUUUAAGACUAUAUUCAAGCACAAGGACAAAUCUAACUCCAAAAAAGUUGGGGCAGUAUAUGAAAGGUAAAUAAAACCAGAAAGCAAAACCCAACUUGACCUGUAUUUAAACAUAAAGACAAAAAAUCUAUGAUUUUAUCAAUUUCAUUACUUCUAAACAUACACUCUUUCUGAAAUUGAUGCCAACAACAUGUUCCAAAACAUUUGGACAGGGGCAAUUUAACACUAGGGACAUAGGUGAUGUAAUCAUGCUUGGGUAUAAAAAGAACCUCUAGGAAAGCCUUAGCGCUUAAUGAGCAAGGAUGGGUCGAUGUUCUCCACUUUGCCAAAAAAUGCAUCAGCAAAUAGUCCAAUCUGUUUAAGAACCACUUUCCUCAACAAGCAUUUGCAAGGACUUUAGGUAUUUCACUCUCUACAGUGCAUUGUAUCAUUAAAUCUCGGUGCAUAAACAGCAAGGUCUGCGUUUGAAGACCCCGAGAGACUCUGCUCUUCGGACAGCCAGUGGGAGUUCAUUCCACCACCUGGGUGCCAGGACUUUUCAAACAAAUACAAUGCAAACUGCGACAACAGAGGCCCCGAACAGUUACGCAACUGAAGACGUGUAUAACUGAGGAACGGCAAAAAAAUCUAAUUUCAAAACUGGAUCAAUUGGUGUGUUUAGUCUCCAAACAUAUAUUAAGCACUGUUAUAAGGACAGGCGAUAUAACACACUGGUGAACGUACUCCUGUCCCAACUUUUUUGGAAUGUGUUGCAGGUAUCAAAUUUACAAUGAGCAUACAUUUACCAAAAAACAAUAUUUCGUGGGUUAUUACAUGAAA